AUGGGAAAUGGAAUAAUUGGAAAAAAAGACAAAUCCAAAAAUUAAUCCAAUAGAUAUGUGGAUUAAGUAGAUAAACUAUUUAAAGAAGAAUAUGAAGAGGAUACAAUCGAAGCUGCCAAUUUAGCCUUAGCAAUAUGCAAUAGAGACGAAACUUAAAAUGUGGAGAUGCAUAUGUAAUGUGAGAAUUUACCUAAAAUGGACACUAGAGGAAAAGCAGAUCCUGUAGUAUUUGUAUAUGAAUAAGUUGGGUAAAAUAAAUAAUAAAAAAAAAAUUAUAAAAAAAAUAAACAAAAAAGGUAAAAUUGGAUUUUGAGGGGAAGAACAGAAGUUAUUCCUGUUACCUACAAUCCGAAAUUUUUGAAAUAUUUUGUCUUUUCAUAUAAUAUAAUAAAUGUCUAAAAGAUAAGGUUAGAUAUAUACGAUACUGACUGCUUUUCUAAAUUAGAUGAUAUAGAAAAAUAAGAAUUAAUAGGAAGUGUAGAAUUUGAGUUAAGUUAAGUCAUGUGCGCUCCUUCCCAUUAAAUAACAAUGCCUAUUAUUAACAAAAAAAUUAGCAAAAAACUUAAAAACUCAACUUGCACUAUUAGAUGUAAUGAAUACGAUGUUGGUGGAGAUAAAGUUUAUUUUCAUUUAGGUGCAUAAGGUUUCUUUACUAAAAAUGAGCUUUUUAUUAGGAUAAGUAAUAUUAACUAAGCAAAAGAAACUAUACCUGUCCAUAGAACUGAAAAUGAGAAAAAUAAAAAACCUUCUAUAGCAUGGAAACCUUUUGAAAUCCCAUUAUCAAAAUUAGGAAAAGAUGAUAAAGUUUAUAUAAAACUUGAAGUAGUUGAAUUUGAUAAAGACAAAGGAUAAAUAGUUAUUGGUGAAGCCGAACAUACAUUAGCGUUUUUGAAAGAUAGCUCAAAUAAAAAUAUUAGAAUAACUUUUAAUUCGCUUUUCAAAGGUUAAAUAAACCUUCUUAAAGUAAAAACCAUAAAAAGAGAGUCUUUUAUUACAUAUCUUGUUUCCACAACUUAAAUUUCUUUACUUGCUGCCAUUGAUUUUACUAAUUCAAACUAACCACAAAAUAAAACUAAUUCACUCCAUUAUUUUGACCCUAGAAAUAAAUAAAACGAGAGCGAAUAUUGUUUGGCCUUAAAAAAUUUAACAGUAAUCUUAUAAUAAUUUGAUCAUGAUAAUGAUAUUCCUUUAUAUGGAUUCGGAGCUAAAUUGCCUCCUUUCUAUAACUUAGUAUCUAAUUGUUUUGCUUUGAACGGAAACUAUUUCGAUCCUAGUGUAAAUGGUUCUGUUGGUGCAGUUAAAACUUAUCUUACAUAAGUUCCUCAUUUGUAAUUUCAUGGGCCAACAAUACUUACUGAAAUAAUUAAAAUAGGUGCCAAAUAUGCAUAAUCUGAAGCAAUUGAUUAAAAGAAUUAAAAAUAUUACAUAAUGCUUAUACUUACAGAUAGUGAUCCUAAUGAUAUUGAUUCGAUUAUUGAUGAAUUAGUUGAAGCCAGUUGUUUUCCUAUUUCUUAUAUUGUAGUUGGAAUAGGAGAUUAUUAAUUUAGCAAAUUUGAAAACGAAUUAAAAUAAAUUGGCAAGAGAAUGUAUGAAAAAACUACCAAGUUAAUUUUUGAAUUUCAUGCAAAAAUUAAAUAUACGACCACAAGAAUCUAAAAAAGACCUAAAGUCAACAACAUUAGAUUAUAUUCGUUAGAAAAUUGA